CUGGGUUAUUGGAUCAUGGGGCAGCAGGACGUGUGUCGGCUCCUGUCGAGGUUCAACUCACUCAGAAGAGCCAGUGUUAUUCUGCAGCAUCUGAGAAUGUCCAUGCAUACUGAAGCCGCGGAAGUGCUGCUGGAGAGGAGAGGCUGUGCGGGAGUCAUAACGCUGAACAGACCCAAAUUCCUCAACGCUCUGUCUCUCAGCAUGAUCCGGCAGAUCUAUCCACAGCUAAAGGUCCGCAACAGCGUGGAACCCUUCUCAAGUGCACUGUGGGAGAGCAUCCCUGGUAUUUUACCCUGGGACUCCCUUGCAUCAGCACCACUGAAGUGGGAACAGGACUCUGAGACAUUCCUGAUCAUCAUAAAGGGAGCUGGCGGAAAGGCCUUCUGUGCUGGAGGGGACAUCAAAGCAAUCUCAGAAGCUAAAAAAACAAGGCAGAGUUUGACCCAAGAUUUUUUCAGAGAAGAAUAUAUCCUGAACAACGCCAUUGCUUCCUGUCAGAAACCCUAUGUUGCCCUUAUUGAUGGGGUCACAAUGGGUGGGGGAGUUGGUCUUUCAGUUCAUGGGCGAUUCCGAGUGGCUACUGAAAGGUCCCUCUUUGCAAUGCCAGAAACGGGAAUAGGGCUAUUUCCUGAUGUAGGCGGAGGUUAUUUCUUGCCAAGACUUCAAGGAAAGCUGGGUUACUUCCUUGCACUGACAGGGUUCAGAUUGAAAGGAAGAGAUGUGCACAGAGCAGGAAUCGCCACACACUUUGUAGAUUCAGAAAAGUUGCACAAGUUAGAGGAAGAGUUGUUGACCUUGAAAUCACCCACAGUAGAAGAUAUUGCAGGUGUCUUAAAAAGCUACCAUGCAGAGUCCAAGAUGGAUCAAGACAAACCUGUCAUAUUUGAGGAACACAUGGACAAGAUAAACAGAUGUUUUUCAGCCAAUACUGUGGAACAGAUUAUUGAAAACUUACGGCAGGAUGGUUCGCCUUUUGCCAUAGAACAAUUGAAGGUAAUUAGUAAAAUGUCUCCAACAUCCCUGAAGAUCACACUUAGGCAGCUCAUGGAAGGCUCCUCAAAGACCUUGCAAGAGGUACUGACUAUGGAAUACCGGCUAACUCAAGCAUGUAUGGAAGGUCAUGACUUCCAUGAAGGCGUUAGAGCAGUUCUCAUUGACAAAGACCAGAGUCCAAAGUGGAAACCAGCCAAUUUAAAUGAAGUUACUGAUGAAGAUUUGAAUAGUUACUUUAAAUCUCUGGGAAGCAAUGAUUUGAAAUUCUGAGGUGACCACACCCCUCAGGUUUAUUUUGGAACAAGGGUCAGCACACAUAAUACAGAGGCCAGGUCUGGCAUCUUGCCUGUAUUCAUCCAGCCUGCAAACAGGAAGUAGUUUUCUCACUUCUAAAUUAUUGGAAAUGAAAAAAAAAAAAAAACUAACAUUUUUAUGAUACAGUGGUCACCCGAAGUUUAAACAUCAGUGUUUGUAUUUCAUGACACAACAGUUAGUUCAAACACUAAUGUUUAUAGAACUUUCCUGCAGCAUAGCCAUAUAUGUUACCUGUGGCUACUGGAAGUGACCAUGGGUGAUGGUUAAAAAAAAAAAAUGGCCCCCAUAGGGAGUGGCAGUCUUAGGAGGUGUGGCCUUGUUGGAGGAAGUGUGUCACCAUGGGGGUGAGCUUUGAGGUCUCCUAUGCUCAUGCUAAGCCCAGUGACACAUUUGCAUCUGCUGCCUGGAUUCAAGAUAUGGAACUCUGAGCUCCUUCUCCAAUACCUUGUUUCCUGCCAUGAUGAUAAUGGCCUAAACCUCUGAACUGUAAGCCAGCCCCAAUUAAAUGUUUUCCUUUAUAAGAGUUUCCAUGGUUACAGUGUCUCUUCACAGGAAUAGAAACACUUAAGACACCAUGACGUAUACUGUAUGACCUGCAAAGCCUUAAGUGUCAACUGUGAUCUUCAGAAAUGGUUUGCUGGGCCAUGGUUCAAAAGAUGGGAAAUUCUCAAGAGCUUCAGAGAGCCUUGAGUUACUAGCUCUCAUUAAAAUGGUGACUUUA